AUGGUCACGGAAACGAAAGAAUCACGUAGAUACAGUCCAAAUUUGCUGGUCACUGGGACGCCUGGUUGUGGUAAAUCGACCACAUGUGAGUUGCUAAUGCGUAGACUGCCUGAUUAUACAUAUUUCAAUAUCUCAGAGUUUGCUGAGAAACAUAAAUGUUACGAUGGAUACGACGAGUCCCGUAAAUCUCAUAUUGUCGAUGACGAUAAGCUAUUAGACGAACUGGAGCCUCUCUUACGUCGUGGUAAGUCCAUCAUUGACUGGCAUGUUAAUGAUGUGUUCCCAGAGAGGCUGAUCGACCUUGUGGUCGUACUCAGAUGCGACAAUUCUAUAUUAUUUGACAGACUACAUGGCAGAGGCUAUCACGAAUCGAAGAUUCAGGAAAACCUGGAUGCAGAGAUCAUGGGAGUGGUCCUACAGGAUGCAUUAGAUUCUUACGAACAAGAGAUUGUCGUGGAAUUGCAAAGCAAUAGCACCGAAGAGAUGGAUGCAAAUGUAGAACGUAUCGUCGCAUGGCAAGAAAUGUGGCUCACACAACACAAGAAUGGUGUCACCAACGAAUAUCAAGGUGAAUUACCAAAGGAUUCAAAUUCGGACGAAGAACAACAGGAAGAAAGCUCUGCAAGCUCAGACGAAAGCUCUUCUGAUGAGUCAGAAACUGCAGAAGAAGAUGCUGGAUCCAACUGA